UCACUCGCGCCUCGACCCUGGUUUCGUCCAGUCGUCGGCCGCAGCCGCGGCCUUUUCAGCGGCGGUAGCUCGUCGUUCGGUCGUCGCUGCGGCGGUUGUCACAGGGAGCACAGGGCGAGACAUACAAAGAGAGAUGCACAGCAAGACAGACAGAGACACAGCAACAUCAUUGCACAUCUGUAUUCAUCGUACUUUCAGGUCGUCGCUGCGGCGGUUGUCACAGGGAGCACAGGGCGAGACACACAAAGAGAGAUGCACAGCAAGACAGACAGAGACACAGCAACAUCAUUGCACAUCUGUAUUCAUCGUCCAUUGGUCGUGACUGCGGCAGUUGUCACAGCGAGCACAGGGCGAGACACACAAAGAGUAAUACAGAGAAAGACACACAGAGACACACAGAGACACAGUCACACCAUUGCAGAUCUGUAUUCAUCGUGCAUGGUGUAUAUUUGCGAAAUCAUCCGUUGCCAUUUCUGAGAAAGCAUGCCGAAACCGAAGAGAACCUGCACCUGUUCUUUGUGUGGAGAGAACACCCACACCAGAAUUCAGUGUCCAACGAUUGAUGGGCGUUCUCGACAACAUGACAAUGACAACAUCUGCAGUGUCGCAUCAUCAGUGAAUGCGGUAAGUGCAAUGCUCUUAUUUCGCAACACAUGUAUGCGAUUACAAUGAGCACGCACAGUCUUGGCAACAAAGGUGCCCACCACGACGACGACGACGACGACGACGAUUGCAGUGCCGUUUCACGCAUAUUCCUCAUAAGAUGUUCAUAUAGCACAGUCAUGAAACUUAUACAGCUGUAUCUUUAUAACUGUACAACCAGUAGCUAUAGCAAAGCGUAUCAUACGUUUUACAUGUGUAUUACUAGUAUCCUACAUAUAUGGCGUGUACAACGUCGCAUGAGGUCGCUUUUCAUUCCGUUGCAAGUGAGUUGAUCACAGCAAUAGCCGGCUGCAAUGUACCUCAGUUCAGCGCUGUCACUCUGCGACACUUCCUGAUUUAGUGAAACAUUUCACUACGCACUUCCACGCAAUAUUGCACGCUCGACUCACCAUGCGCAGUAACUCUUAUAUUUCAACAGCUCAUUUCACCAACAUGUGUACAAUAUUUAACUUUCUGCAUUUCGUGUUCUGCUCUUCACAGGAACGUCAUCAUGACAAUGCUGCGGUUGACAUGAGUGACACACAUGAUAUGUCACAUGUGUGUCAUGUCUCAGCAGAGCAACACCCACCAAUAGCUAGCAUUGAUCUACCACAUACACUGCCGACUGCAGAAGACAACAUUCAUUUGCACGACAAUGCAGUAGAACCCAAUGUACCUGUCAUGAAUGGUCUUCAGACGUGUGCUGUCUGCCAUAGGUCUCCAACACCAGAACACACGUUCGUUUUUAUACUCCUUCAGCCUCAUUUAGCGAUUCACAACCAUUUAAUUCAUCGGCAAUUUGGCGAUCGUACAGGUAUGAGCAUUGACGAACAGGUCUGUCCAUUGUGCAGUUCGUAUGUCUGCCCUCGUACAGUCCACGAAGAAACCACACCGUCAUGGGCAUAUGCUUGGCCCGCUGUUAUAUGGACAUGUUUGACUAAACCACACUAUGCAAAUGCCGUGACAUUUAUGCAGUUUUUGGCGUAUGGCAUUCGUGCUAGCUGGACUCCUGUUGUCGAUGACUGGUUGCCAGCAAUGCGUGAAGCGAUAACCAUCAAACCACAUUUUUUUGACGUCAGCACUGUUCUAUCUAUUUUUAACGAAGACAUUGCCAGUGGUGAACUGCCACGUUUAAUGCGUGCCCUCAAUGACACAUGUUUCCCACAGGUACGUUGUCCAUUGGGCUGCUACAUGUAUGUUGAUGAAGUUGGUGAGAAGUUGCAGCUUCUGCCAGCUUCACAUUACUUGGUGAACAUUCUCACACAUUUCACAGCAUUCCACGCACAAGCAUACUACUUCCAGGGUGCCAGGCAAGACUGGACUACACCUAUCACAGAUCUUGAUUGGGAAGUUGCUCCAUCGUUG